GGCGAUUGCCGCUGAGGUGAGGUGCGAGGCGGAGCGCGCGACGGCUGACUCCAGGAGAUUUGAGCUACCAGCAUAUAGGGAGUGGUUGAGGCUGCAGGUGUGGAUGACAUUGCCCACAGACAGCAGAGUGACAGUAGCAGUGGAUUGAGGCUGCAGGCAACAAGACCAAAACCACAAAAGCACCUCCAGGGCAAGAGGAGGAAGCCAAGAGAAGAAGGGCACAGAGGAUGUAAGUCAGAAUAUAGCAGAAAAUGUCCACUGAACGAACUUCUUGGACAAGUUUGUCCACUAUUCAGAAAAUAGCACUGUGCCUUGGGAUCCCAGCCAGUGCAACGGUUGCCUAUAUCCUAUACCGCAGAUAUAGGGAAGGCAGAGAAGAGCGCUUGACAUUUGUUGGGGAGGAUGACAUUGAAAUAGAGAUGCGAGUUCCCCAGGAGGCCGUAAAGCUCAUCAUUGGCCGGCAAGGAGCCAAUAUCAAACAGCUGCGGAAACAGACAGGCGCUCGGAUUGACGUGGACACGGAGGAUGUAGGUGAUGAGCGGGUGCUGCUGAUCAGCGGGUUUCCUGUUCAGGUGUGCAAGGCCAAAGCAGCCAUCCACCAGAUCCUGACGGAGAACACCCCCGUGUCCGAGCAGCUCUCAGUUCCGCAGAGAUCCGUGGGCAGGAUCAUAGGGAGGGGUGGUGAGACCAUUCGUUCAAUCUGUAAGGCCUCUGGAGCCAAAAUUACCUGUGACAAAGAAUCAGAAGGGACGCUACUGCUAUCAAGGCUUAUAAAAAUCUCUGGAACACAGAAGGAAGUGGCAGCAGCCAAGCAUUUGAUACUGGAGAAAGUUUCCGAAGACGAAGAACUUCGGAAGAGGAUUGCUCAUUCUGCAGAAACCAGAGUCCUACGCAAGCAGCCCAUCAGUGUGAGGAGAGAGGAAGCGCUGGAGUCUGGUGGAGCUGGAGUGCCGGCUCUGUGGGAAAGUGCUGCGCCAGAGCCGGAGCCGCUGGGAGCUCUUCCCCAAAAAGGAGGCGGUGACAUGACUGUUGAAGGGCCAGAAGAUGCUUGGGAGAAAUGCAGUGGUGACAGCUUUCAGAAGUCUGGAGCCCAGACCAGUCCAGAGAUGUCCAUGUUUGAAAUCCCUAGUCCUGACUUCAGUUUCCAUGCCAAUGAGUUCCUGGAGGUCUACGUCUCUGCCUCCGAGCACCCUAACCACUUCUGGAUCCAGAUCAUUGGUUCCCGCAGUCUGCAGCUGGAUAAGCUGGUCAAUGAGAUGACCCAGCACUAUGAGAACAGUCUACCUGAAGACCUGACUGUGCAUGUGGGAGACAUUGUAGCAGCACCUUUACCUACAAAUGGUUCCUGGUAUCGAGCUCGGGUCCUUGGCACUUUGGAGAAUGGGAACCUGGACCUGUACUUCGUUGACUUUGGAGAUAAUGGAGAUUGCCCGCUGAAGGACCUCCGGGCACUCCGAAGCGACUUCCUAAGCCUUCCAUUUCAAGCAAUAGAAUGUAGUCUGGCACGGAUCGCCCCCUCAGGUGAACAGUGGGAAGAGGAAGCUUUGGAUGAGUUUGACAGACUCACUCACUGUGCUGACUGGAAGCCCCUUGUGGCUAAGAUCUCCAGCUAUGUCCAGACUGGGAUCGCAACUUGGCCCAAGAUUUACUUAUAUGAUACCAGCAAUGGGAAGAAAAUUGAUAUUGGGUUAGAAUUAGUUCGUAAAGGAUAUGCAGUUGAGCUUCCCGAAGACGUGGAAGAAAACAGAGCCGUCCCAGACAUGUUGCACGAUGUGGCCCCAGAAACGGACGUCUCUCUUGGCAGCAUGCUCACUGAGACCAAGAAGAGCCCUGGAGAAAUAGCAGACACCCUGUCCUGCCUCAGCUUGUCAGAAGCUCCCUCUGUGUUUGGUGAUGAUAAUCUUGAAGAGGACUAUUUACUCUGAAGUCAGCUCCAGCCAUCUGCUCUGCCACGAUUUGUGCCUAGAGAGAGGAGCCUAUGAUAAAGGGAUCUGUGCAGUCCUUCCUCCAUGACAUACAUGAUCUGGCUAGCUGUGGACCAAAUGCGUGCUCUCCUGUUGACUACCAGAAAGAGUGUGGGGUACAGCACGGGACAAGUGCAUGUCCCUUCUCCACCCACCCAACCCCGUCUUCUUCCAGAGUGUGCUUCCAGGCUGCUCAGCAUCUGGUCCACUGCUGUCUGCUGGCGGUUACUGUAUGCUUCUGCAAGGCUGUGUCCUUUUUGAGGUUGGAAAGCAGCCAGGGGUUGGUCACUGGAAGUGAUGAUUCUGCAGACUUCUGACUCACCUCCUCGGGUGACUCUGUUACAGGAGGUUUUUGAGUGGCUAGCUCAAAGACCACAGUUGAGUUGGGAGGCACAGGCAAAAGUCAGUAGGAUUAUAUUUAAAAGCCUCAGGAAAUAGGAGGAGAAUACUGCCUCCCAGCCUCAACUGCUGCUAGGUUAUUGGAGGUAGGUUUUUUCAAAGUGUUCCAGCCAUUUCCAUGUUAACUUUGGUUAAGUACAAGUUAGACAAGGAGAGAGCGGCUCAGGAAAUACUCCUAAGUGCUAGUGUAGUGUCUGUAUACACACACACCUUCAUAAAGUGAAGGAGAACUUCCAUAGCUGUUUAAAUCAUUUGGGGGGUUCUUUGGUGAAUAAAGUUCUCAAGAAAAUGAUCUAAAACUAAAUGUUGGGUGAAUCAAGGUAGACGCAGAACUGUAUAUUCUGAACCUAAACCUGGUGGAAUUUGCCACACACCUUAUAUGGAGGGCCCAUCUUUAAAGCAAGUGUCCAUCCCAUGCACAGAUCCUAUUCUUUCCCUAAAGGUAUUUCAGAAUUAAACAUUCACUAAGAACUAGACCAGUUUAGGUUUGGGCUUUGUAAAUGAGGACCCCACCCAAACUAGGUACUUGGAAGGGGCCCGAGUUCUGGUAAGUCUCCUGUGACCUCACUGGAAGCCUUUCGGGAGCCCUGUCUCCACGUGCCCCUGCAUCGUGGCCAGCGCCAUGCGGCCAGCAAGAGCUGUGGGGAAGACUGGGCAGCAGGGGUUGUAAGAGUGUGUGCGUGGGUGGGGAGGACAGUGGCCGAUGAACAGGGAGGGAUCUGUAAGAUGAACUGCAGAACUUAAAACUGACACACAAGGAUGCCCUGUGCCGAGUUUUGUUUUUCCAACUUAGGAAUUAUUAGGGAGGCCUCGACAUAUACUGCCUGGGUUUCCCAUUGCCAGUUUUCAAGUUUUAUUUUCUCAGGAAAAUCUCAGUACCGUGUAUGAGAGAAAGGCUCCAAUGAAGAGCAGCUCUUAUGAGUUUUGGGAUCUCAGAUGAAUCCAUGAAGGGCUGCCAUUGAUUUGACCAGGGUUCGGACCUUGGCCACAGUGAACUCACCCCCAAAGCAGGCCAGCAGGGUCAUGAGGUCUACUAGUCUGUCACCAGGCUCCUUAGCCCCUUGGCCUUUGCCCUUAAGUUAAAAGGAGCCCUGAUGUAAAUCACGCAUAGGACUUGUCGCUCAGGAAAAUGAGUGGUGCCUUGUUCAUAGCUGUGGCUUCUUACUAUGCACAAAUGGCUGUUCCUUUUAUGUGGCUGUUAUGUCCCAUCAGCUCACAUCCCAGGUGGAUGGGCUGCAACACACCCCUGCCCUGCCCUUGUUGUCUGGAAUGCCCUCUUCUAGCUCUUAUUUCUUAUUUUGUCUUUUGAAAUCCUCCCCUUGAGCCAAGGUUGUGGGAUCCAGGUACCUUCUUGGAUUUCUUCCACAUCCAAGGAGAAGGAAUUUGUACUUGUCUCUAAUUUGAACUGAAGUACAUGAAGUAAAAACUCCCAACAAGGCUUAAGUGUUUCUGAA